UUCCCACCUUCCCAUUCACAUAUCAUAAAACCGCAUCCCCUUCUCUCACCUCAUCCAUGCAAACCCCAAUUCAAAAUUUUCCUUUUUCCACACACAACAGAGCACACAAAGAGGAGCAGCCCACAAGGCAUUUUUCUCAUCUUUCAUGAAUCACUUCGGACUCUCCAAUAGUUUGUUUGAACUUGUUUCUGUAAGAAGCACUUCUGUUAAGAAACGCUUUAUCUAGAAGCUAAUGAAAGCUUUUUCUUUACUAAAAACCGUCAAAUACGGUAAGAAAUGCUUUUAAUCAUUUCAAAAGUAAUUUCAAAAGCAAUCCCAAUAGUGGUUCCAUCCAAACAAAACCCAUUUCUUAUUUUUACUCAAAAACAGUGAGAGAGAGAACAGAGGAGUUAAAGCUAGAAACAGAGCAAAAGCAGAGCAUCCUGGAACGAAUGGGAACCAACCACAAGAGACUGAUCGAGGAGCUACUUGAAGGCCGGAAGACAGCGGUGGAGCUUCAGAGUCUGCUCCACAAGCCGUUCGGAGAUAGUGGAUCGGCGGAGGAGCUUUUGAUGAAGAUCAUGAAAACAUUCACAGAGAGUCUCUCUGUUCUGACUGCUUCUGACGGCCAUGAGGAUCACCAGUCUGCUGCUUCCGGUGAGGUUUAUCAGGUCAAGCCUGAACCUUCCCAUGUGGAGCACUCGCAUUGCGGUGACCGGAGCUCUGAAGGUUCCGGUGAGAGUCCAAAGACUCAGGCUUUCAAGGACCGGAGAGGUUGCUACAAGAGGAGAAAGACAUCUCAAUCAUGGAAAGUAAUCUCUACCAAAAUUGAAGAUGGUCAGGCUUGGAGAAAAUAUGGCCAAAAGAUAAUCCUCAAAGCUUCAUAUCCAAGGGCUUACUUCAGAUGCACAAGAAAGUAUGAUCAAGGUUGCAUGGCAACCAAACAGGUCCAACAAAUCCGAGACAACCCACGCACUUACCAAACCACCUACAUUGGCGAGCACACGUGCAGAACCAUGAUCAAGGCUUCUCCAACGAUCAUCGGCCCUGAUCCUAGGCGAUCUCAGACUGUUAGCUCAGAAUCUGGGUCCCCACAUCGCCAAAACCCUAAUUUCUUUGGCUCAUCCUCGUCGUCCAUUCCCAUCGUCAAACAAGAAGAUUCCAAAGUGGGGACACCAAGUGAUGUAACGGACAACAAUGUGUGGCUUGGUUUGAAGGAUCACUUUGGUUUAUCCGAGCCUGCCGGAAUCUGCGUGUCUUCCAAUGAGAAUGUGGUUUCAAACAUGCAGUGGGACGACAUGGAUUUGGUGAAGUCGAUUAAUUUUGAGUGUGAUAUUAAUUUUGAUGAAGCUGAGUUUCCUAUAACUCCUUGUAAUGAUAGGUUUUGAUGCUGUUUAAUUUGUAGCCCCCUAGUAGCUAGCGUUUCUGAAUAAUGAUGUAAAUGAUCAGUUUGAGUUGGAAGAAGUUUCACGUUGAUUGUGGUUUCGUA